CGCACAUACAUACACACAAACACACAUACACGCACACAGCUGUAGCAUCUCUUGUCAUGCCUCAUACACUGUCACUACUGUUACUGAAAACACACGCAUACACACAAUCGCACAGCUGAAACGCGCUGCUUCGAAAAAUGGCGAUUCGAAAUCAUUUCUAUCGUGAGUUUGUCAGUCGGAAUACAACCAUUGUAGGGAUCGAAUGUAAACUAUGGAGCGGUAGCUAAAUCUGAUGAAAUUUAUCGGCCUUUGUCCGCUAUUUUAGGGAUUCUUUUUUUUAACAUCAUUUUUCAAACAAAAAAGAAUAAAAUAAUAAAAAAAAAAAUAUAUGUAAAUAUAUUACACAACAUAUUUGUAACAAGUUUUUGCGCUAUAAAUGCUAUAACACAACAAAAGUCGGUAAAUAUAUUUCAACAGUAAAACUACAAGUAUCAAAACCAAAAUUUGUUUCUUCAACAUCAAGUUUCAUGCGACAUAUUUCGAUUCACAUGAAGAAAAAUUUGUCCACCCGAAGUAAAAAACCAAAAUCUGUUUAAUUCAAACACCAUAUCCAGUGAUGACAGUUUCUUUUUUGUAAUUCAAACAAAUUAAUUAAUAAUCAAAAGUAAUAAUAAAUUGUGUGUUGUUAAAAUUUCUAUCUAAAAAAAUUAAAUGAUUUUUUUAAAAUAAAAUCAAAGAGUCAAACCACACACACACACACACACGUCUAUCGAUUCGACAACAUUACGUGUGAAACAUCAACAACAAAUUAAAGCUAUUUUUCCGACUUGAAUAAAAAUUUAAUUCCGGUUGAUAAAAUUCUAAAUGAUUGUUUUCAUACCAAAAUUUAAAUCGUGUUAAUAAUAAAUGUUUCAAGCGUCAUUUCGCUAAUAAUCUCAUCAGAAUAAAAGUUUGCACGCAAAUCAAAGUAAAAAAAAAGUGGAUUGUGGAUUGUCAUCAGUAGCAGAAUUGUCAACCAAAUUUAUUCCGAUAAAUUCAAGAGGCCGUCAUUUUUCUACGUGUGAAAAAUAGUGUAAUUUUUCCGUGUGCAUCUUCAACUCGUUAAAUGCGAAAUCAAUCGACAUUUAUAUUCUCACGAGCAAAUCAUCGGCAAUACAAAGCGCAAAUCUUCUUCAAUUUAAAAGCGGCAUUCAUCAUCAGAAUAGAUCCAAUUCCUUUUUGAUUUACUGAACCAGCGUAGCGAGGACGAGAGAAAGUCAAAAAGCAAGAGAAAAUUUCAUUUGUUUCUGUUCUAUUUUCGGGAAUGUACGAGCAGUAAGAGACAUAGAUCCUGACUGAAUCUGAUUCAAUGGUUGAAAUUUGAAAGGAAGCACACUAGCAAGACACCAAGAAUAAAAUACCAGCACUUUUUUUGGGGGGAACAGGAACCGAAACCGUAAACGUGAAACGCGCAACACAUUUGGGAAGUUGUUGAAAAUUGAAACUUGAAAAAGAGCCAUAUUGACACAGGCGCGAUUGACAAGCAACAAAACACAACUCAACAAAAAUAUUUUGUUUCUUUGGACUAUCGUUGCUGUGCACCACAGAUCGCUAAUAGAUCACAGACAUACAUCAUCCCCGAGGGAGUUAGAGACACAGUGUGUGAGAAUAGAAAGGGGUCAGCAUCAACAUAAUAACGCCAUUUGGAAGCUAAUCAUCAAAUCCGUUGUUUUUUUUUUAAUUAAUUGCGGCAAAAACACGGUGCAGAAGCCAAAACGUCAUACCAUUUCAACAUAGAGAUAUAUAAAAUAUACACAGAAGAAAAGUAUAUCGGAGCCAACUACUUGAAAAGCGGAAAUCGAAAUACUAUUGAACCGAUCCGAACCGACCCGAACCGACCAAACCAACCAAACCAAGCCAACUAGACUGUAUUUUCAUUACGAUUUUUCUCUUUUUGUACAAAAAUGGUGAAACAAAUUCUCGAAGAAAAUCCAAAUGACGCGAAUUCGACUUCGCACAAUGAAAUUUCACGCUAUUCGAGUGAAGAAAUUUCAGGGAAUGAGUCGAAUGAAGUAACAUCUAUGACGGAGUCAGAACGACAUGCCGAAAUCAAUCGCCAGAAGGAGGAGAUGAAGAUCAAACGUCGCAAAAAGAAGCGUACAAGCUCAUCAAUGCAAUCAUCUACAUUCAAAGAACUGUACAAGCUAACUGGUGAUAUUUUGGGAGAAGGUGCAUAUGCUUCCGUUCAAACAUGUGUAAAUAUUUAUACAGAUUUGGAAUAUGCCGUGAAAAUUAUUGACAAGAUUCCAGGCCAUGCUCGUGCCCGUGUUUUUCGCGAAGUGGAAACAUUCCACCAUUGCCAAGGACAUCCCGGCAUUUUGCAAUUGAUCGAAUUCUUCGAGGAUGAAGAUAAAUUCUAUCUAGUUUUUGAGAAGAUCAACGGGGGUCCUCUGCUAACGCGAAUCCAAGAGCAUGUACGCUUUUCGGAGCACGAGGCAGCUCAAAUAAUCAAGGAGAUUGCAUCGGGUCUAGACUUUCUGCAUAAGAAGGGAAUUGCUCAUCGUGAUUUGAAACCGGAAAAUAUUCUGUGUGUCUCAAAGGAAAAAUUGUGUCCAAUUAAAAUAUGUGAUUUUGAUCUGGGAUCUGGCAUCAACUUUACCACGGAAUUGUCAUCACCGUCAGCCACACCGCUACUCUUAACACCGGUCGGCAGUGCCGAGUUCAUGGCACCAGAAGUAGUGACGCUGUUUGAAGGUGAAGCCAAUUAUUAUGAUAAGCGGUGCGAUCUAUGGUCAUUGGGAGUCAUAGCCUACAUCCUACUCUGUGGCUAUCCUCCAUUUUCGGGUAACUGUGAAGAAGACUGUGGUUGGAAUCGUGGCGAGAAUUGCACCAAUUGCCAAAAAUUACUGUUCGAAUCAAUUCAAGAAGGUCGAUUCAGUUUUCCAGAUAGUGAAUGGGCGGACGUAAGCAACGAGGCAAAAGAUUUGAUAAGAGGCCUUCUGGUAAAGAAUGCCCCAAAACGAUUGAGCGCUGAAGCUGUGCUACAACAUCCUUGGAUCAAAAUGGCUGAAAGUGGAAAUGCCGAUAAAGUUGACAUGGAGCGACGACAUCGGGCAUUGAAAACACCGGGUAUUAUUAGACGUAACCAAUCGGCACGUGAACUGAGUCACUUUGCCGAAUCUGCAAUGGCUGUGAAACGUGUAAUAAUGCAGCAUUUUUCAAUGAAAUACGAUUACAUGAACAAAGAACGUCCGAACAUUUACCAUCCAUCUCGAGCCGGUGUUCGUGCCGAACCAUCGAUGAACGGUGGUGGUGGUGGCGGUGGCACUCGAUCAAACAGCAAUGAUGACGGCGACGAUGUAACGUUGCACAAUUCAAGUGAAUCCACUCCACCAGCUGACGACAAUCAAUUGGUUGAUUCGGUGAAUGACGACGAUGACGAUAACCGCACCGAAAUUUAUAACAUCAACCAUGAUGACGGAUGCAACGACGAUGAGGUGUUCAAUGAUGGUGUCGAACGACGACAGAGACGAUUGUCUGAUUUGGAUUCGGAACUGAGCUCGAGAAAGUUGCCAGCGGCCGCAACAAAAAAGCAAAUGCCUUCCAUUGAAGAGCAACUGAAUGACGCUGUGCGCUCAUUGAACGAACAUCAACAGAUGCAAACGAAUGCAAUGGCCAAUCGUCGCUCCCAGACCGCACUAAAAAUGUACGCUACAUCGAACGGCCUAGGUAGUAUUAUAGAAAAGUUAUCUGUGGAUGAUUCCGAAACAACAAAUACUUCUCCGAUUGUUGAGUCUCCAUUCAAAAAACCGCAAGUGAUAGUGAAAAAUUCUGGUCUCGAUGCGAACGCCAAGAAUGUGCCAUCGUCGAAUAUUCGUCACGAGAUCCAGGAUAGUCAUGCGCAACAGAAAAAUCCCAUGGCUAUUAAUACGCGUAACAAUAUUCGACCCGAAGAAAAUUGGCGUUAUCGCAGCAACAGCAAUUCCUUGGAGAACAAGCAGCCAACAAGGAAUAUGCCAACGAUGGGUUUCAAAACUUAUCGUAAUUUUACGAAUAAUUAUGUGAAUUCAUCGAACAUCGAUAGAGCCGCAGCUCUGUACCAUCACCAUGCGGCCAACAAUAACAACAGCAACAACAACAUAAAUAAUAAUAAUAACAGCAUCAAUAACAGCAACGGCUAUCGCAAGAUGCAGCCGUAUCAGCGAUAUCAGAACGAGCACUAUGCGUUUGGUAAGGGCAAAGGGUACGAAUCUUCACAAAACACUGGCAUCAACUGGCGCAACGAAUGUCGGCACACCAUCGACUAUGAUGAAGAUUCGGACCUAAACAUUGGCCUAUCGCCACCAAGUGAGUCAAUGCUAUUGCAACGACGCAUUUUGCGACGAUCCGAUAUCGCCAUCCGGAGUCCUCCGCCGCAAACCGCAAGCGGUUAAUGAGUAUUCGGGCUCCCAGAACAUCUUAUUAUUUUUUUUUAUUUUUUUUUUCAUUGGCUCAUAAACUUUUCUUCUUUAACUUGUAAUAGAAGCAAGUGGUAAUUGUAAUGUUACUCUUGUUUUUAAACAUUCAGUGAAUGUGUCAUUCACAAAACAAUUUGAUGAAGAUUCUCUUUUUUUUGUUUUUUUUUUCAUCUUUUCUUUUCCCUUUAACCAAGUCCAAUCUAAAUCGAUAGUUAUGCUUCAAAAACAAAAAACAAAUCAAUUAAAUGUUACUUGAAUCAGUGAAAA